AGCAUACGACGUGCUUCCCACGAUACAAACAGACAGACCUACGAAACCGGAUUUAAAAUUAUAUAUAUGUGGUGUACAAGUAACGUAGGUUAAUAUUAGCUGUAGUGUGAUAACGCUUUGAGCGGUUAAACUUUGUGCGCAUGGAUUGUUUUGGAUAUACUGUUUAGAUAAACUUGUGUCAGUUUCUUAGCUAGCUAGCUAAUGUCAGCGUGAAGCACAUAAACAGAUGCUGGUUAGCUUUCGUGCAGGCUAACCACCGUUUGCAACAUGGGACGAAAGAAACAGGGGAAGUUUGUGCGCUCUGACAACAAGGGCAAAGACAAACGGCAUAAAAUGAAAGGGAAAUCUUUAGAGGCCUUUACAGAAGAAAUGCACACUGCUUUUGAAGCAAGUCUUCAUGUAGAGGAGGGAGCAGAGGCCCCACAGGUGAAACUGCCGUGUCCACUUGCUAUGUGGGAGUUGGGUCACUGUGAUCCCAAACGUUGCACUGGCAGAAAAUUGGUACGGAAGGGCUUCGUUCGCAACCUGCGCCUUAAUCAAAGAUUUAAUGGACUCAUACUGAGUCCAAUGGGGACAAAGUAUGUCACGCCAGCAGACAGAGACAUUGUGGCUCAGAAUGGGCUGGCAGUGAUCGAUUGUUCGUGGGCCAAACUGGAGGAGACACCCUUCAGUAAGAUGGUCGGAACUCACCCCAGGUUACUGCCGUACCUUGUAGCUGCGAACCCUGUCAACUAUGGCAAACCCUGCAAGUUAUCCUGUGUUGAGGCAUUUGCUGCCACAUUCUGCAUUGUAGGUUUUGAGGAACUGGCAAUGCUCUUGUUGAAGAAAUUCAAGUGGGGGACAGUGUUUCUGGAGCUCAAUAAAGCUCUUCUUGAACGCUAUGCUGCAUGUCAGUCAGAGGAGGAGCUGCUCUCAGUCGAGAAGGACUUUCUCAUGUCUAAACCAGAGGAGGAUGACUUUGAUCCAUUUGACGUAAACUCUGGAGUAGAAUGUAUGAACCUCAACAGACGUCAUUGUGCACCUGAAGAUGAUGAUUCGAGUGAAGAUGCAGAAACGUCAGAAGAUGAUGAAGAGGAAGCAGAAAAUGAAAAUCCAAACAGCAGCGAUGAAUCAAGAGCAGUCUCGCAUCAUCACGAAGAAGAAGAUGAUGAUGAUGACUAAAUGAAAGACUUCACAAUAAACCAUAUUUUUACUAUGGAUCUUUUUAAUACAACUGACAAAAUGUUUUGACACCUCUGAGUCUUUCAUAUACUCAAAAACGUUGUAUACUAAAAAAAAUAAAAGUGAUACAAUAAAUUCUUAUUUUAUGUGAAAACAGA